UGGGGCGCGAGAUUUUGAAAUUUGAGCAUCCAGUUUGGUUACCGUUAUCACCAUUCCUCUUUCUCUUUCUCUUUCUCUUUCACCCCACCAUUCAUUUUCAAAUUUCAAAUUUUCAUUCUGUCUCCCUCUCACUCUCACUCUUCCUUAAUUAACCCAAACAACAGUGACCACAAAAUCUCGUACACACAAGACAAAAUCAUCAAAACUCACUCUCUCUCUCUCUCUGUUUCUAUUAUCAACUACUUGCUGCAACACAGCAGAAGCUACCUCUGAUCUGCACUCUACUCAUUCACCUCUGCAAAAACGGAAUCUUUUCUCCAAUGGGUGCCUCAGGAAGAUGGUUUAAAUCUCUUCUUUCUCUUAGAAAACCCUCAACCACUGAUCAAGAAAAGUGCGGUGGUGAUACCAAGAGUAAGAACAAGUGGAAGAAGCUAUGGAGGACCUCUUCAGAAGGGUCCUCCAUGAAGAAGGGUUGUGGUGGUGCUGGUGUUUCUCAUUCCUCUCCACUUACUGCUGCGGUGGCUGUGGUGGUUCGAGCUCCACCCAAGGAUUUCAUGCUUAUCAAGCAGGAAUGGGCUGCAAUUCGGAUUCAGUCUGUGUUUCGAGCCUUCUUGGCUAGACGAGCUUUGAGGGCCUUGAGGGGAGUGGUGAGGCUGCAAGCUAUAUUUCGCGGCCGGCAAGUGAGAAAGCAAGCAGCUGUUACUCUAAGGUGCAUGCAAGCUCUUGUUCGAGUUCAGGCACAUGUAAGGGCUAGGAAUGUGAGGAAGUCUGAGGAAGGGAAAGCGGUGCAGAAAUUACUCGAUGAGUAUCGCAACCAAGCUGAUCCUGUUAAGCUGGCUGAGCAUGGAUGGUGUGAAAUUCCUGGAACUGUGGAUGAAGUUAAAACAAAGCUAAAGAUGAGGCAAGAAGGAGCCAUCAAGAGGGAUAGAGCUAUGGCAUACUCUCUCUCUGCACAGCAUUCAAGACUGAGUGCUAGUCCAAACUCCAAAGCCACAAAAUCAGUGACUCUUCUCAAGCAUCACAGCAUAGACAACAAGAGCUUAGGAAGCAGCUUGUUAGAAAAAUGGAUGGUGACCAAGCCCUGGGAGAGUCCAAUCUCAAGGAAGAGUGAAGACCUUGUUCCUCACUUUCAAUCAAGAAGGAAUGGUGUGACGACUAGGAUUUCAGUUAAACCCCUUGCAACAUGUCAACCAACUUCAUCAUCAUCAACCAUAAGCUCUGAGUAUGAUGAUAGCCCUGCUGUAUCAACUACAUGCACAUCUGCAUCUUUGCCAUCCACCAACACUGCUAUGGUGGAAGCAACAGAGGAAAGAGAUGUUCAUCAACCUAGCUACAUGAAUUGGACUCAAUCAACUAAGGCUAAAUUGAAGUGUUCUUCACAGAAUUCAAAGAAGCUUGGAAUGGAGGAUUGUCUGUCUCAUAGUACAACAACAGUAACAAAUGGAGAUAACAGAAGCAGUUCUGGUUCUGAUCCUUCAGUGAAUUUGUGGAAGGAUCUUUGUUCUACACCUCUAAGGGCAAGGUAUCAAAAGCGAUAUGCUGGGCCAGGAAGAUGAAGAGCUUCAACUUUCAAUGAGUUCAACAGCUUGUUGUCCAUUGUCACCUUGACAUAGUUGUUUUGUGUGAAGAAUGAAAUACCAAACUAGUACAGUAGUUCAAACUUCAAGCUAGUUGUUUUGUGUGAAGAAUGAAAUAGCAAACUAGUACAGUAGUUCAAUUUGGAUGGUGUUUUAUACAUUAGUAUAUUAUAUAUACACAUGGUAGAUCUAUGUUUGAACUAUCUAAUAGAAUCUCAAUGUAAGAAUGAGUCUUUUGGGAUAAGCCAGUCUUUUAAAAAUAGACAUUUCUAGUGGCAUUCGGUCAUAAUUGGAAAAAUUAGCUGAGAAUCCAAUUGGAAAAGCUUAGCUCAAACUUGUGCUUGAUUAGCAAAUUAUUCACCUAGGAAAUAUUGACUCUAUUGGGCAGAAAAUUGCAUUACUGAGUAACUUAUUGUUAAACAUUAA